UUUAAGAAUACUCAACUAAUUUUUAAAAAGAUUUAAUUAAAAUUACUAAAUUCUCACUAAUCAUUUAUACUUACAUUCCAAUAUACGUAAGAUAUCAUAAAAUCGAUACAUCAAAUCGAAAUCAUAUAUUCAUCACGUGCAAUGUAGAAUGCACGCCACGUGCAUUAUUAUAUACAUUAUUGAUAUUUAAUGUUUCCAUAAGCGUUCUAAAUAUUUUUAUUCUUAAACAUUAAUGUGAAAAGAUACAUAGUUUAAAAAUGAAUAUAAUACCGUGUACAACUUGGGUGGGAAAAGGUGUUGCCUCCACAAAUCCUGAAAAGAUUGAAUUAACUCCAAAAGAAUUAGAACAAAUCAUAAAACAAACACAGUCUGAAUUACAAGAUGAAAUUGAAAGUGAUGAGGAGCAUGAUGAAAUUAUAAAAGAAAAAAGUGAAGCAGAAUCUCAACCUAACACAUCCAUAAUUGAUGAAUAUAACUUUGAUAAAUAUGAUGAUGAAUCAAAUAGCAUACAUUGCAAUAUUGGUGGUAUUGCAACUUUUGAAAAAGAUGGAGAAGAUCCCUUCAUAACAGGAGAAGACAAUGAUUCAGAGAAAGAGGAUGAUAUUAUCAAAAUCGAUGAUAAUCUUGUAUUAAUAGGACAUGUAGAAGGAGAUGCCAGCAUUUUGGAAGUAUUUGUAUAUAAUGAAAAUGAAGGUUCAUUUUAUUGUCAUCAUGACAUAUUGUUACCAUCAUUUCCACUGUGUAUAGAAUGGCUUAACUUUGAUCCUUCAGAUCCAAAACCAAGUAAUUUAUGUGCAAUUGGUAAUAUGACUCCUAUAAUAGAAGUGUGGGAUUUAGAUUUGAUAGAUUGUUUAGAACCAGCUUAUAAACUUGGUUGUAAACCAAGUAAAAAAAAAAAUCGGAAACGUGUUGGACAUAAAGAUGCUGUAUUAGACUUAGCAUGGAAUGAAAAUUAUGCGCAUGUACUUGGUAGUGGCUCUGUUGAUCAAACGGUUCUAUUAUGGGAUUUAGAGAAUGGAAAACCUGUAAAUAAAUUUACAUCUUUUCAUGAAAAAGUUCAAUCAUUAAAAUGGCAUCCAAAAGAAACUCAUCAAUUACUAACAGGUUGUGCAGAUAAGGUAGUGAGAUUAUUUGACUGUAGGUAUAAAGAAAUUAUGAAGACAUGGGAAGCAUUGGGAGAAGUGGAAAAAGUAUUGUGGAAUUAUUUUGAUCCAAAUUAUUGCAUAGUUAGUACAUCUAAUGGAUAUAUACAAUAUAUAGACAUCAGACAAGACAAACUAGUUUGGAGUAUAGAAGCUCAUACGCAAGAAGUAACUGGUUUAACACUUAGUUCAUCAUGCUAUGGACUUCUAGUUACUUCAGCAAAUGACGGCGUCAUAAAAGUAUGGGAUAUUAUUAACAACACAGAACCACAGUUUAUUUGGGAAACAAAGACCAAUCUCGGUGCUUUAUUAUGCCUUGCAUCAAAUCCAGAUAGUCCUUUUAUAUUUUCCGCUGGCGGUGAUAAUAAAUCACAUAAUUAUAAAAUAUUUGAUAUCUCAGAAAUACCAGAAGUACGCGAGAGAUUUCAAGAACGGAAGCGUGUUACAUUAAGAAAUAGUACCAAUGAUACAAAAAUAAAAGAGCAAGAGGAAAUGAUGGAUGUAACUGAAGAUAUGGAUUCAAUGGUUUUAAAUGCAAAUAAUAACAAAAAUAAUGUCUAAAAGAAAGGAAUAAAAGUAAGUAAAGAAGUACAAUAAAGAUUAUAAAUUAUAUUAAUAA